CUGUAGUGGCGGCGGUGGCCCUGACGCCUGGAGGCUCCUAGGUGGUGGGCCGGUUCGUGCUUCCCGGAGUGCAUGGGCGUGGGCAUUAGCGGCUGGAGGGGCUGAGUGUGGAGGGGCUGAGCGCCCCGCGUCAUGGAGGGCGCCGAGCCCCGUGCACGGCCCGAGCGCCUGGUCGAAGCUGAGGCGCGGGCGACCGACGGCGUCCGCCUGGUGGAGGUGCAGCUGAGCGGCGGCGCCCCUUGGGGCUUUACCUUGAAGGGCGGACGGGAGCAUGGCGAGCCUCUGGUCAUCACCAAGAUUGAAGAAGGAAGCAAAGCUGCAGCAGUGGACAAGCUACUUGCUGGAGAUGAGAUAGUGGCCAUUAAUGACGUGAAUCUCUCAGGGUUCAGACAAGAAGCAAUUUGCCUGGUGAAAGGCUCCCACAAGACCCUGAAGCUUGUGGUCAAAAGGAAAAGUGAUCCUAGUUGGAGGCCUCACUCCUGGCAUGCUACCAAGUACUUUGAUGUCCACCCUGAGCCAGCAGCCUCACUGUUUCUGAACACCAGCAGCUCCCCUUCCUGGAAGAGCCAGCACCAGGCUAGUUCUUCCUCUCAUGAUUUAACUGGCUCAUGGGAGCACACAAGCCUACAGCGCACUUCUGACCACUUCAGCUCCAUGGGCAGCAUAGACAGCCUCGACCACAGCUCCCAACUCUACCCAUCUGGACACCUCUCAUCUGCCAAAUCCAAUAGCAGCAUUGACCACCUAGGUGGCCACAGCAAGCGAGACUCAGCUUAUGGCUCCUUUUCCACAUGUUCCAGCACCCCUGACCACACCUUGCCCAAAGCUGAUGCCUCUUCCACUGAGAACAUUCUCUAUAAAGUUGGCCUUUGGGAGGCCUCUAGACCAGGCAGCAGCCGACAAAGCCAGUCUACAGGUGAUCCUCAGGGACUGCAGGACAGGCCAUCAUGUUUCAUACCUAGGGUUCCUGGUAAUAGUAGUAAAAGUCCAAGGCCAGAGGAUAAUGUUGAACCCAAAAUAGCCACUCCUGGGAGAUCCAAUUUUGGGCCUGUAUGGUAUGUUCCUGACAAGAAAAAAGCCCCUUCUCCCCCACCUCUUGGACUUCCUUUGCGCAGUGAUAGCUUUUCUGUGGCAGCCAGGGGCCAUGAAAAAGCCCGGGGCCCUCCAUUCUCAGACUUGGCCAGUAUGCAGCACUUUACCACCCUGCCCCAUGUGCAACCCCGGGGGGACCGCAGAAUGGAAACUACAGAUCGACAGUGGAAGCUCACACACCUAAGUAGUGGCAAAGAAAUAGGAAAUGUGGGUUACCAGUCAGAAGGCCACCUGGAUUGCCGUUGGCUAUGCUCUGAUGAUAGGGCGGGUAGGCCCUCAGGGGCUCCAGGCAGGCUCCAAUUCUCCGAUGUGCACUUUCUGAAGUCUUACCAUGGGAGCCAGCACCAACAGCAGUGCAGUGAUGAGAGCCCAAGGGUCCCCUCAUCACCAAGGGAACUGCUUCAUAUAACUCCUGGUGGAGGUCUGCAAGAGCCUCCUGAACCAUCUCAGGAUGACAACCCUACUCAGGUGAGGUGGCCUAGUUCUGCUAACCAGAAGCUAGAUGACAGAGGGCGGAGCCACUAUUUUCCUGUGUCCCUCAGGCAGCCUGUACAGGCGAGUACCCAGGUUGUGAUGCCCCGAGGUGACUAUUGGCAUUCAGAUACAACUCCUGUGGACCUUGAAUAUCCUCUCUUACGCCCAGUAGGCCAGAGGGCCUACCUACAGCAGCAUGAGGAGACUCCGGCCUCUCAUGAAAAAGAGGGGUAUCACCAGCUAAAUGCAGGGAUUGAAGGCUGCUGCUCAGGAAUCCAAGAGCCUCCUAGAGCCAGCCACACUGUGAGAGUUGGUCUUCAGUGUCCUGGCAAUGACUUCAAGUUAGCGGAUGGAGAAAGUGGGAGAAUUUCUCGUCAGAGGACACCCAUGCUACACUCUCUGACCCAAGAUGGUGCAUGGAGACCCAGGAACAGCAAGGAUUGUGGAAAUGAUAAGCCACCACUGUUUGAUGCCCAAGUGGGUAAACCCACACGGAGGAGUGACCGUUUUGCCACAACACUGAGGAAUGAGAUCCAAACACGCAGAGCAAAGCUGCAGAAAAGCAAAAGCACAGUGACACUAGCUGGAGACAGUGAAGCUGAAGACUGUGCUGGAGACUGGAGAGCUGAUGUGGGGGCUGUCCCCAGCACCUAUAAAGAGCACCUGAAGGAGGCCCAGACACGUGUUCUGAAGGCCACCUCUUUCCAGCGCCGACAUUUAGAUCCCACCCCAGCAGAUCAGUAUUCAGGACCAUCAGAACACAGGACUUUUGACCACAGUGCCUCAUCUUCUUUAUCUUCUUUCCCUGGGGAGCCAGACUCUGCUCCACGCUUCUGUGAGACAGGUCUGGCCAAGCCACCCUCUUCCGGAGGUGGUGUACCCCAUGUUCUUCGAAUUGGAGGCCGGAAACGGUUCACAGCAGAGCAGAAACUAAAGUCCUAUUCUGAGCCAGAGAAAAUAAAUGAAGUGGGGCUCUCAGGGGUCCACCGUCCUCAUCCUACUGGCAGGACACCUGAGGAUACUGUGGGUACAUUUGCUGACAGGUGGAAGUUUUUUGAGGAAACAAGCAAAUCUCUUCUCCAGAAGCCAGGCCAUAGGCAAGUUCACUGUGGGCUUCCAAGAGAGAAGGCUGAGAGGCCACAGACAGGGCACCAUGAAUGUGAGAGUACAGAGCCCUGGUUCCAGAAGAGGUCACUGGCCACCUCCUGUGGAGAGAUCCUCAGUGAUGUCAGAAAAGUAGAAAAGGCUUCAGAGAAAUUGAACCCACCCAGAAGACUUGGAACAUUCGCAGAAUAUCAAGCGUCUUGGAAGGAACAGAAGAAACCUCUGGAAGCCAGGAGUUCUGGACGAUACCAUUCAGCAGAUGAUAUUCUGGAUGCUGGUCUAGAUCAGCAGCAGAGGCCACAGUACAUUCAUGAACGGUCUCGUUCAUCACCGUCUACAGAUCACUACUCACAGGAAGUGCCUGUUGAACCAAACAGGCAGACAGAGGACUCUGGUGAUCACAAAGAAGCACUUUUCUGUACACUACAAACUGAGGAGGGAUGCUCUGCUCCAAGCUCCUCUGUGCUCAGCAGUGCCCAGCCGCAAGACAGCCAGCAUGUGAAUGAAGACACAACUUUCCCUCACCCAGAAACCCAGCUCUCUUCCAAGUGUCAACGCCUACAGACAUCAGCCAUGGAAACUUCACGCUCCCCUUCGCCUCAGUUUGCCCCACAGAAGCUGACAGAUAAACCUCCCCUGCUUAUCCAUGAAGACAGCUCAGCAAGAAUCGAGCGGGUGAUGGACAACAACACCACUGUGAAGAUGGUGCCCAUAAAAAUCGUGCACUCAGAAAGCCAGCCUGAGAAGGAGAGCCGUCAAAGUCUCGCAUGCCCAGCCGAGCUGCCCCCACUGCCCAGUGGGCUGGAGAGGGACCAGAUCAAGACACUGAGUACAUCAGAGCAGUGCUACUCCCGCUUCUGUGUGUACACACGACAGGAGGUGGAAACCCCUCAUAGAGCUCGCCCUCCAGAGCCCCGGCCACCCAGCACCCCUGCACCUCCUGUCAGAGAUAGCUGUUCCUCCCCUCCCUCCCUCAACUAUGGGAAGGCCAAGGAGAAGACCAUGGAUGACUUGAAGUCUGAAGAAUUAGCCAGGGAGAUUGUGGGAAAGGACAAGUCUUUGGCUGACAUCCUGGACCCCAGUGUGAAGAUCAAAACUACCAUGGAUCUGAUGGAGGGAAUUUUUCCCAAAGAUGAGUACCUCCUAGAGGAAGCUCAGCAGCGGAGAAAGCUGCUCCCCAAAGUCCCCUUACCCAGAGUCACAGAGGACAAGAAACAGGACCCAGGUAUGCCAGGGGUUGUGUCCUUGGCCACCAAUUCUACCUAUUACAGCACAUCAGCCCCCAAAGCAGAACUGCUUAUCAAGAUGAAGGACCUGCAGGAACCUGAAGAGUAUUCAGCAGGUGACUUGGAUCAUGACCUUUCUGUUAAGAAGCAAGAACUCAUUGACAGUAUCAGCCGCAAGCUGCAGGUGCUCCGGGAAGCACGUGAGAGCCUGCUGGAAGACAUCCAAGCCAACAAUGCUCUUGGGGAUGAGGUGGAAGCCAUUGUGAAAGAUGUCUGCAAGCCCAAUGAGUUCGACAAGUUCCGGAUGUUCAUUGGAGACCUGGACAAAGUGGUGAACCUCCUGCUGUCACUGUCAGGACGCCUGGCCCGUGUGGAAAAUGCCCUUAAUAAUUUAGAUGACAAUCCUUCUCCUGGAGAUCGGCAGUCACUGUUGGAGAAACAGAGAGUCCUAACUCAGCAGCAUGAGGAUGCCAAGGAGCUUAAAGAGAAUCUUGACCGUCGUGAGCGCAUUGUGUUUGACAUCCUGGCCACCUACCUCAGCGAGGAGAACCUGGCUGACUAUGAGCACUUCGUGAAGAUGAAGUCAGCUCUCAUCAUUGAGCAGCGAGAGCUGGAAGAUAAAAUCCACCUGGGUGAAGAGCAGCUCAAGUGUUUGUUUGACAGCCUACAGCCUGAGAGAAGCAAAUGAGAGGCCCAUUCCUGUAGAUGGUGGACACUGAGCCUUGGAGAUUAAUGCCUGGGACUACAAGAGUGAACCCAAGCCUAUUUGCCCAUCUCUGGAGAGACACACUCUGGAGCCACAAGGCUAGUAAAAAAGCAAUAAUGUCCUGCUAGUAUGUGAUGAUUUAUUUAUGAUUUUCAUUUCUGUUGGUUUGCUGAACAUAGUUUUGUAUCACAUGUUAUUUCACAGAAUGCCAGGCUUUGCUAGUCAACAAGGGUUCCCUAGCCCUCCUUUGCAGCAGUGGCACCAGUGUUCCUUUCUCGUGUAGAUGCCAAAUACAGUACUACAGUUCAUGAAAGGAAAGACCCUUGUGAUUUAGCCAGGCGUGGGCUGCUGUGUGUUCUGUGCUUGUUCAUUUAACAAUGUGAGCAUUUAUCAUUCUGUCACGGUGACAUUCUCUGACUCCGUAAAAAUCAGUGAUGAUAAUUUAUUCAUGUGUGGAAAACAUGAACAAUUUCCUAGUAGUUAAAAACUAACUAUAAAAUAAACAACCUACAUAUUGGAUUCAUUCAUUCUAAGAUUAAAAUUAUCACAUAACUUGUGUGCAUGUUUUGAAACACCCUAAACAGAUAUCUAGUAUCCUUCUUGUCACAUCUUAAAUAAUUUCUAGCCAAGUGAUAUUAAUUGGAUAAAAGUGUGUCUGCUAAUAAUGUUAUUGCUUGCUUUUUAUUUCCUGAGACCAAUGGAAUAUUUUGAAGUUUCCUUCCCCGGAAUACUAAUUUGUAUACAUGAUCUUUAAUGAUAAUCAGUGGCUUAUCUCUUUUUAUGUCUGUUACCAUGGGCCACAUGCCAUGUAACCUAAGACUUAAGACUCCAUCUAGAGGUCAGAGGUCCUGUGGAGUGACUAGUGCUUACAUUUGAAACAGAGUUUUGUCCUUAACAGUUCAAAUGGCAAGAUGACAAAUAGAGUGUUACUCAUUAAAGCUACACUGUCAUUCCGUUGGUUUCCAGUUGACAGGAUAGAGAUUGGGAAAAGACAUUUUUAAAUCAUGUGUCUGACUUGUUGCUCAUUUUGUUUUUGCUA